GUUGCCUUGUCGGAAGCUUCCAUCUUUGGCAUCAAGGAGGAUCUGAACCUCGUUGGGCAGCAAUAUAGCUGGUCAUCCUCAAUCUUCUACCUGGGCUACCUGGUUUGGCAGUACCCCAGCUCUAUCUUGAUGCAAAAGCUCCCUAUCGGACGAUACUUUGGUGUUAUGAUAUUUCUCUGGGGCCUCACCGCAUGCACAACGGCAUUCACAAAACGAUUUGCAACACUCUGCGUCAACCGCGUCUUCCUCGGUGUAUUCGAAUCAUGCAUGUCGCCCAUCCUCACAAUUCUCAUCUCUGAAUACUGGACACGAGAGGAGCAGCCUCUCCGUACAUCUUUAUGGUGGUCCGCCAGUGCUGUCGGUUCUUUCAUGGCUGAUGCCAUAACGUACGCGGUCUCGGGCAAAGACCAUUCGGGUUCCAAGUACGCGGUCUGGCAGGUUGUCUACCUCGUCUUUGGGCCGAUAACGAUGUUCUGGGGUGUUUUUGUCUUUUUCGGUGUACCGGCGUCGCCUUUGAAGGCGUGGUUCUUGAACGAGAGAGAGAGAGACAUCGCUACUGACAGGGUCCUGAAGAAUCACACCGGUAUUAAAAACACCGAGUACAAAUGGAACCAGGUCCGGGAAUGCCUUAUGGAUCCCCAGCCGUGGGUACUAGCGAUACACGCCUUUCUUCAAUGUCUCCAGGGAGGAGGACUAACAUCGUUCUCCAAGAUUGUUUUGACCCAGACUCUUGGUUAUUCUAGCCGCCAGGCAACGUUAAUGGGCAUGCCAUCCAACACCAUCCACCUCGUCUCGGUAGUCUUUGCGUGCUACGUCAUGAUCGCAACGAACAUUAUCGUCUUGAUAGGAGCCGUGUUGGUAGACAACCUCCCGCAAUCAAACCACAGAGGGCGACUUGCGUCUUUCUAUAUCAUAUACGUCAAUACGGUCCCUUUCGGACUCGGCAUGAGCAUGCUCUCCUCUAAUAUCGCAGGGUUUACCAAGAAGUCCACCGCAAGUGUCAUGAUGUUUCUGGGCUAUUGUCUUGGACAAUUCACAGGCCCUCAAUUCUUUAUCACCAGCGAGGCUCCGCAGUUUCAGACUGCUUUCAAAGGCUUCUAUUCAUCGGUAUCUGCCAUGAUCGUCCUAGAGACUGUGUUGCUGUCAGAUGACUUGGAUUUAACGGAUUGGCAGCAAGGCUCCUUUAGGCGCCGCGGGAAGAAGAAGAGCACUCUCAGGCAACCGAGCCGUACAGAAAUGAACCUGCAGGCCCAUACAAGCGUUUCAACAGUCGAGACGGAUGCGCCGGACUCAUUGGAACCAUCAUCACUUGCAAUGCUCGAUGCGGCGGCGAUGCCUUGGAUGGAUGGGAUAUUUGACUCGUAUCCAGACCAGCAAUGGGACUUGAGUCCGGACUCCGCAGUACUUUACAAUGGCACUGCGCAAAUUUGGCUCCCGCAAACGGAUUCGCCUGGUCAAAUAUCCACUGACUUCAACGCGGGCAGCUUGUCCUCGAGUUCCCCUCAGACGGUCUCCGAUCGGGUCCUGGCACAGCACUAUACCCAGAGCCUAGCGUCCAAGUACAGUUCCAAGGGCCAGACCUGGAACAAUCACACGUAUUUCUUCAAUCGGUUCAACUCGAGCCACUCGUUUGUGAUAUCAGCUCUUUACGCGUGGACAGCGGCUCAUCUCUACUGUAACGGAACUUUGGAUUCAGAUAGUAGUGCCCUAGAUCACUAUGACAAGAGUCUCGCUGCUCUCGGGGAUCAACUGGGCAUCCAACUGGGGGUUGGGGGCGUGGAAGAAGAGCUUAGACAGACUUGGCCUCAGCUUAUCACCCGAGAUGAUGACCUGGAUGCCGUCUCAGUAACGUUGUACUUCCUCGCCUGGACCGAUCUGCUGCUUUCAAGAAGAGCCUCUCUAAAACGGAUGCUGAUUCUCGAAGCUUGCCUUCUGGAAACCCGGGGCCACGGUGACCAAUCGCAAUCAGUUUACGGUAGAAUGGCUGUAUGGUUUUGCUUCCUUGACGCCCGCGCUGCUCUCUUUUCACAAGGUGAUGAUCGCAUCAUUCAGUGUCUGGGAAACGACUUGGGGCUAAUGUUCGCGGUGGACAAGUCCUACAACUUCCUACAGACAGAAUACACGCUGCUAUACCCGAAUGAAGAACGGCGGUGGGAUGAAGCUCAUAGGCCUCUAGUCGACAGCAACACGGCGGAGGAGAGUCAAGAAGCAAGUACGAGAGCAUCAUUAGACGAUAUAAAGCAGGGUCUCGCGAGUAUCAGCGAGGACAAAGCGGCGGAAAAUAAGGUACUCUCCAUCUUCCUCACCGCAAACGCCCUCUUCCACGCAGUGGCUAUUUACGCCUCCAGAGUCUACCGACCAGAGCACGCAACCUAUACAGAUACUUCUCAUGCCGAGGACAUAAUUGGCAUCACUCGCCGCUUCUACAAUAAGCUCAAGCGGCCGAGGACGGAAGCGCCCCCGACCAAGAUAUGGCCUAUACCACUCAUCAUGGCCGCGAUUGAGGCAAAGGAUCCUAUCUACAGAGACUGGGCGCUACAGCUUAUCAAGGACUGUUGUCAGGCUGGAAAGCAUUAUGUCAACGCAUGUGCCUUUGUCGAAAAGCACAUUGUCGUCGAAGGCACGCCCUAUGAGAGAGGCCUGUCGCAUGGAAGACAAGUGGCUGACAAGGUCCGUGCCAAUAUCGAGUAUUACAAGCUUCCAGGCAAGCUCCCGCAUUGGUCCAUCUCUUCCAAGAUCAUCGAAACCGUCUACCUGCCAGCCUUUGAGAAGUUCUACCCCACUGGACUCGAAGAGAUCAGGGGCAUUGCAGAUGGAGCAGGCGUGACGAUCGAAGAGGUCAUCAUGCUCAAUGCUCGAUACGACCUAGGUAGAUGCAUGUAUCGGCUGCAAGAUGGCGGCAAGACUCCUCAAGACCUGAACGGGCAUGAUGAAUGCACGAGUGGCUUCUUCCCUCCCGACGCAGUGGCAUCUGGUCGUGCUUUGGCUGUGCAUAACUGGGACAUGUCCAGCCAUCUUUACAACCAAGACCUCAUCAUCUACCUCGAAGUGCACCCAGACCCGUCUGAGGACCGGCCAUCAAUGUUCAUCCUCACUGAGGCGGGUCAGCUGAUUCGCAGUGGGAUGAACUCGGCCGGCAUGUCAGUCACCGCAAACUCACUGCUCUCGAGCGAAGACUACGUACCCAUUUCACAUGUUGAUCAAGACGGAGUCUAUCACGAAGUAAAAGACCCCAAGCUCGUCCUGCCUCUCUCCGUAGCCAGGCGCGUUUUCCUUGAGUAUGGCAACUACGCUGAGGGUUUGGUGGCUAUCAAUGCCUUCCCCCGCCACGUCUCAGGAAACCUGCACGUCUCGACAGCCGAAGGGUUCGCAAUGGCCAUGGAGGUCGCGCCAAGCCGUAUGUACAAGUUCUAUGGAAACAUCGACGACAACUACCUCAUCCACAGCAAUCACUUCCUCAGUCCUGAGUUUCUGAGCCGCGAUGAUGUGUUUGAUCGAUAUCCUGGUGGGAGCAGCUGGUUCAGAUGCUUGCGAGCCGAGAAGGGAGUGAGGGCUGAUUGCGCGGCGGGGAGACUGACUCCGGAAAAGAUUAGGUCGGCUUUCUCGGACCAUCUGGCUUACCCUGAGAGUUUGUGCAAUCAUCCGAAUGUGAACCAGAGGAACACGCCUAGCGCUGUCCUAACUGGAUAUACCUCCAAGCAGAACAUGACAGUCGCUUUCGUCAUUUAUGAUCUGUUGGAGCGCGCCAUCACAGUUUGCAAGGGGCCUCCCUGCGAGGGCGUGCUGCAGAAGUUCGAGUUAGGGGAGAAACGAUUGUUUAAGCAUUAAGAAAAGCAACCGGAGUGUUCAGAUAAUCCAACUGAAAUUGAGUGAAGAUGACAACUAGAAUGUUUCGUCGGCGCUGCAGCUAGAUAUAUG